UAAGGAGAGGACGAACCACAGUGAAAUACAAACAGAGAGAAAGAAGAAGUGAAACAAGACACACAAGAAGAUACAAACCACAAAAUCAGAGGUGUGGUGAGGAAGGACAGAAGGGAGAGUAGAGACUUGUGGACCAAAGAGGCAGAGAAAUAAAGACGUGCAGUGAGGAAAGGGGGCUAAAAGGAGGGCGGCUCACUAUAAAAACGUCUAGAAACUAAAAGCUUGCCAGACUGAGAGACAGCGGACCCUGCAACCACAGAGAAAGAUGCAUGCCCUCCUGCUGCUGAGCUGCUUAGUCCUCGCUGCAACAGAUCACUUCCUUGCCUCCGCCCACAUGAUCCCUGAUGAGAGUCUCGCCACAAAUAGGGUUGUGUUAUAUAACGCUCUGUCUCAAAGCCUUGACAUAGCCCCCCCUCCUGUUGUUAUUGUAGAAUUGCCAAAAACAGUGAAGAGGAACAAGAAAACAAAGAAACAAAAAAAGAGAAAGAAGAAGCGCCCUCGUCCUCCUGCUAACUGCGUUCCCCUGGGGGGAAGCUGUAAAUCUUCAAACAAUGUGUGCUGUGAUUUCUGUGCUUUCUGCCAGUGUCGGCUCUUCAGAACUGUCUGCUUCUGUCGGAUGGGAAACCCAAGCUGCUGAAAAGCCAGCUGCAGACUAACUUAGCUCCAUCAAAGCGAAACUUUAUACCAAAGCAAGCCAGUUGAAGUUAACACCAUGACAGGUGAAUAACUUCUGGUCCUUGGUUUGGUAAUCUCAGAAUCUAUCGGCUAUCGGUCUGACGACAGUUACGGUGUUGCCAGCGGAUAUUGGAAUUCCAUAGUUCGCCAGUCAUCAUUAACAGUCAGAUUAGGACCUUGAGAGCAGCUGUUUUAGGUCCAGAUGACAUUUCAAUUAAUCUAUAUGAACAGAUAUCUACGUAUGAAUGCUGAUAAAUGAAAUAAAAAAGCUAAUCAAAGUCUAAAUUGUCCUCAGAACAAUAGCCGAUGGGUUGCGAAAUAUCAUCCAAUUCGUUCUGCCUCUCUCCACACUCUCCACACGGACUGUUUACCCGCAUGCAACCAACGCUCGCUCAAACAUGAUUGGUCAACACUUCUUGGACUGCAAACAGAAACCAGAAUGCUUCUGGUACCGAAGUCUCAUUGGCGACAGAUUCUGAAUUAAUAUGCAGAUAUCUGUUUAUAGAGAUUAUUGGUUUAAAACAUUGCAUACAAUUCACUGCAUGAAAGCACUUUAUUUUAGAAGACGGCCACACAGUGAACUUUCCUAAACUCUUACAGGAUGUACUGCUUAUAGGAAUGUUAUGACACUCACAAACCUUUAGAUUUUUAUUUUACUCUGAUCUUUAAGCACUCAAACAGAAAUACAUGAAUGCACAGUGCAAAAAUAUAUUAUAAAGCAGAAGAAUAAUGUCCAUGUACUACAUGUUUUAUUUAACAUUGUUUUUUUUAAUAAUGUACAAAGUGAUAUGAUUUCACCUAUAUUUAAAGAGUUAUUUGACAACGAUUCCCAGGAAAAGACUGAAACCAACAAUGUGUUAGUACAUCUUGCAAUACUUUAUGACUUUACCAACUUGUCCCUAACAGAGUCUAACAUAUUGAAAAAUAGAAAAAUAUAGG